UCCCUCCCUCUCUCCCCUAUCUCUCUCUCCCUCCCUCUCUCCCACCAGACUCUCUCUACCAGAGGAGCCCCCCAGUGCCCCUCCUCAGACGGUGAUUGCCAGUGGUCGUACCAACCAGUCCAUCAUGAUCCAGUGGCAACCACCCCCGGAGAGCCACCAGAAUGGACCGCUCCAGGGAUACAUCAUCAGGUACUGUCUGUCAGGACUACCAGUGGACUGUCAGAUGAAGAACAUCACCAGGCCAGACCAGAAUAACCUACUCCUGGAGGACCUCAUCAUCUGGACUAACUAUGAGAUGGAGGUGGCAGCCUACAACAGGGCUGGGAGGGGUACCUACAGCCACAAGGUUACAGAGUGGACCCUGCAGGGAGUCCCCACUGUCCCACCAGGUAAUGUCCAGGCUGAGCCAUUCAACUCCUCUACAGUCAGGCUGACCUGGUCAGCUCCUAGCCCUCAGUUCAUCAAUGGCAUCAACCAGGGAUACAAGCUGUUGGCGUGGGAGGCGGGUCAAGAGGAGGAUGUUACCAUGGUGACAGUGAGACCUAACUUCCAGGACAGCGUGCAUGUGGGCUACGUGACUGGACUGAAGAAGUUCACAGAGUACUACACCUCUGUCCUGUGUUUCACUACACCUGGAGACGGCCCUCGCAGCCCGCCUCACAGACUACGCACUCACGAAGACAAGCCUGGUGCCGUUGGUCACCUGAGCUUUACAGAGAUCCUGGACACAUCUCUGAAGGUCAGCUGGAAAGAUCCCAACGAGAAGAAUGGAGUCCUCACAGGUACUGUACCUAGUAUAGUAUAGUAUCUAACCCUAAUCCUCUCUGGAAAGACCCCAACAAGAAGAAUGGAGUCCUCACAGGUACUGUACCUAGUAUAGUAUAGUAUCU